UUUAGUUACACAUUUUACUAGUAACUACCACCCUUUUGAUUUAGUUUGUGUCCUCUCAAAUGGCGAAACCGCUUGUUAACUGGGGAGAAGUGAAGAAGCAUCAGUCAUUAAAAGAUCGCUGGAUUGUCAUUGACAACAAAGUUUAUGACGUCACAAACUGGCAGAAUAGACACCCAGGAGGAAGAAAAUUGCUUGGACACUAUGCUGGUCAAGACGCUACUGAUGCAUUUAUUGCCUUUCACAAAAACCGUGAAUAUGCCGAGAAAUUUUUGCAUGCUUACCACAUAGCUGACUUGGACCUCCAGUGUUCGGAAGAUAGAGAUAUUAAUUUAAGACGGAAAGAGUAUUUUGAAGACUUGGAAAAUGUUCGAAAUAUUUUGAGGGAACAGGGUUUAUUCGAAAGCAGCAAACUGUUUUUCGGUGCAAUGAUGCUUCAAGUAUUUCUUUUGGAGUUGCUAGCCUAUCUUAAUUUGAUAUAUUUUGGAAAUAGUUGGUCAUGUAUAAUAAUAUCAAUUUUGCUUUACGCAAUAUCUCAGACUCAAGCAGCUUGGCUUCAGCAUGAUUUGGGACAUUUAUCUGUAUUUAAAAGUGUUAAAACAAAUCAUAUUUUCCAUGAAAUUAUACUUGGUUUCACUAAAGGAGCUUCUUGUCACUGGUGGAAUCAUAUGCAUUCUCAGCAUCAUGCAAAACCGAAUGUGAUCGAUAAGGAUCCAGAUACACGACUAGAACCAGUAUUUGUAGUAGGUGAAAAUCUUCCGAGGAGAGCAGCUAGUUCUGAAAGUAAAUGGUCAUGGCAUUUCCCUUACGAAUACCAGCAUAAAUACUUUUUCUUGAUUGGUCCGCCGCUAUUGUUCCCUGUUUAUUUCCAAAUCAUGUCUUUCCGACAUAUGUGGAUUCAUAAAAGAGUAGAAGACUUUAUUUACGUUAUGGGUUUCUACGCAAAGCUUCUGUUUCUUUACCACUCAAUAUUUGGAUUCUGGGGUAGUUUGGCGUAUUUCUUUGUGAUAAGACUAAUUGAGAGUCAUUGGUUCACCUGGGUUAGUCAAUCAAACCAUUUAUCAAUGCCAGUAGAUUAUGAUCGAGCUGAACCAUGGUUUCGUUUACAACUCAAUGGAACAUGUAAUGUAGAAAAUUCAAUGUUUAACGAUUGGUUUACAGGACAUUUAAACUUUCAAAUAGAACAUCAUCUAUUUCCAACUAUGCCAAGACAUAAUUAUUACAAAGUAAGACCAUAUGUAAAAGCCUUAUGUGAAAAAUACAAUCUUCCAUAUCGUGUUAAACCGAUUGGAAUAGCCUUUAUGGAUGUUUUCAGAACUUUGAAGAAAAGUGCAGAUUUAUGGAGACAAGUUAGUCUUGAAAAAGAAAAGUGUUCUAAAAAGUUGUUAGCUGAAUAAAUGAAUGUUGUCCCUGUGGUAUGAUAAGUAUUGUUUCCACUCAGAUUGUGAAUAAACAAUUUUUAAAUCUGACUUUGUGUCUUGAAUACUAUUCACGAUCAUCGCACAGUUUAAUGCAUGUGAGUAGACAACGAGUUGGUUCUCUUUUAAAACUGACAUUUGCUUAUUUUAGUAAUAACUGACUACACAUAAUUAUUUUAAUGAUCUGAUGUAUCCUUAUUUACUCAUGGGUUGACUGUUUAAUCUUAUUAAUGUACUCAUUCACUACUUAAUACUGAAAACUAACUAAAUCAAUGCGGCAUAAAUUUAACCUCUGAUUUCACUCAUCUUUAUUUUCAUUAUGUAUUUUCGUAAACGUGAAAAAAAUUUAAUAUUUUGUCUACUUUCUUGCUAAUCUACUUAUUUCUAAGAAGUAAAUGCAUGAGUUUCACGUGUG